GUUUUAUAUAGGAAAACGCCGUUUUAAUUACCAACGUUUUAGGGAGUGACCAUACCGUCACACGUUCACACUUGUCCGCACACAUACAAAGGAAUAUAUUCGAAUGUCCUCUAAUCUCACGGAUGCGUCUAGACGAAUGAACAAAAGAGAGGGAGAUUUAAUCGACAAAAUGAAAACCUCCACGGGCGGCGGGGUGACAGCUGGAGGGCCUCCUCCUCCUAUAGGCGGCAAGGGCUACCAAUCGACACAAAACACCAGACAACCCGCCGGUGGUGACUUUACACGGUUUCCAAGCCCUUUUCCAACUGAUACUACGCAGCAAUCGACCGACAAUAUUCGCCGCGCACUGCGUAUAAGCGAAUCUACAAACGCCACUGGCUACACGACAAUUAAUUCUUUAGGGAAGCAGCGCGAUAUCCUGCAGAACACCAUUGACUCUGUGGGGGAAACUCAGGGGAACCUUAUGGAAUCACAGGCGGUAAUUCGAAGUAUCCGCAUGGGUAUCUACAAGGAGUGGUUAACAAAGGGUUGCGUGAUUGUGGCGUUGUUGGCGUUAAUCGUCUUAAUUGUCUGGCUUAAGUUCAUACGAAAGUAGAGAAAUAAAAUGGUAGAGGACGGCAGCUCUAGUAGCCUUAUAGAAUGUUGCCCACCGACGCCACAUACGUGGAUAUAAUCAUUACAGAAUCUUGAGGCAUCAAAUUUUUUAAGCAUAGUCAUUUUGCCUUCCUAGGUGUGACAAUUUAUCGUUCUAAGCAAAUCAUAAGGUUUCAGAAAAAAUCAAUGUGCUUUUCUUUUUAUCUGAAGCAGAUUAGUUACCGUCCCUCUCGCUGCUGUGGCACUCUUUCUGUAUGAAUCUGGGUAUUGUUAAAGAGUUGAAUAUAUAUAUUUCGGUUGAACCUAUUUCAAAAUGCUUCAUGUGAUUUUUUUUACAACGGGUU